AAUAGAUAACCCAUCACAAGUGUCAUUAUCGUCUAACAACACAACAUGCACAUACAUGUGCGCGCUCUUGACACCUGUUAACUCUCGUUCCGCGGGCUUUUGAUAUGUGCCAUUGUUGUGACUCGCACUACGUGGACUACCUCAAAACUCUGACGCCAGGUCGCCAUGGAAACUGCUUUAAGCUCCGGGCUCUGAGAGAGCAGAAGGUGUGGGAUAUUUAAGAGUUUCAGAACCACGAUCUGCCUGAACAGCGACCGCGCUCCUGCAGCUCUCCCCAGCUUUGGAAUUCAGCCUAAUGAACCAUAAACGACUGACCCGAUGACAAAAUCACUGUCGGAUUAACCCUGGAAAUCAACAUUGACGUGCCGCCACUCUAACGUUUCUGCACAUCGAGUGAUCUAGUGAACCUGAUAGAGAUGGAAGAUGACCGCCGGUUUCACAAACUGACACAAGAGCAGGUGGAGACUUUGGACCAAGUUCUUACAGAGGUCAUUCCCAUUCAUGGCAGGGGCAAUUUUCCAACCCUUGAAAUUAAGCCUAAAGACAUAAUCCAUGUGGUCAGAGACAGACUGAUUUUGAAGAAAAUCAAGGUGAGAGAUGUCCGUCUCAAUGGCUCUACAGCCAGUCAUGUGCUGGUCAAAGAGAAUGGCACCAGCUAUAAAGACUUGGAUAUCAUCUUUGGUGUGGAGCUUCCCAAACCAGAGGACUUCCAGAUUAUCAAAGAGGUGGUUUUGGGCUGUCUGCUGGACUUUCUACCUAAAGGAGUCAACAAAGAUAAAAUCACAGCUCUCACCAUGAAAGAGGCAUAUGUACAAAAAAUGGUCAAGGUGUUCACUGAGCAUGACCGUUGGAGCCUUAUCUCCCUCUCAAAUAAUAGCGGGAAGAACGUAGAGCUCAAGUUUGUCAGCUCUCUACGACGACAGUUUGAAUUCAGUGUGGACUCCUUUCAGAUUAUCUUGGACAGCAUGCUACAAUCUUACUUGGAUGCUGAAAGGAGGAAGGUUGUAGAAGGGCAAGAGGGCCAGGAUUCUUCUUCAGCUCAAACAAAAGGGAUUCAGUCAGCCCUAAUGGAUGAACCAUUCCUCAGCUCUUGUGACACAGGACAUCACCAGGAAAGUGACACUGACGUAUGCUGCAAAACUGAUGAUAUGCAGACUUUCUAUGACUCUCAGUGUUAUUGUAAAAUCAGUCAGAAAGAACAGUCUAAAUAUUCAGAACAAGAACCAACUCUUGAAAUAGACAAAGAUGUUGAAACAGAAAUGGUUGAAACUACAACUAUGCCUGUACCUAUGGAGCAAGUAUCAGAACACCCUGUAACGUUGGAUGUGGAGGAAAAGAAUGAACCUCAUGAAAAUGUGUCUUUGCAUACGGAGACGCUGUUAGAGGAAAAUUCAAAUGAAACAGGUAUUGACUCAGGAGGGGGAAAUGAACUGGUAGUGCUAAAAACCAUGUCUGUUAAGCAAACAAAUCCCCCAGUUAAAACAUAUAUUAGUGAAAUGGAUUCUGACAUGUUAGAAGACAAAGAGGCAGUUAAUUCCAAACCAUGGCUAGAAAUGGUACAUACUGACUUCUCUUGUCUUUCAACAAAAGGGACCUUUGGUGAGCGAUGCACAUUCCAACCUGCUCCCAUUACAUUUCUUACACAAGCAGCACUAGAAUCAUAUGCUGAGUAUCCUCUGCCACCCCCUGCCAAGAAAAACAGCCAAAAUUCACAAAUGGUUGUUCUCAAGCAUUCCUCACCCAAACCUCCUCGUAAAAUGUCCAAAAAGACAACUCCUGUGCCAUGUUCACCAGAAAAAUCUGUGUCAAAUAAUUUGGAUGUUAAUACUUGUCAGGUUUUGCAUCCACCUAAAGCUUACCCAAACGAUUCAUUACCUAUGCAGGUUAAAUUGUCAGGUCUUACCACAAAAAGCUUUGAAUUAUCCAGUGCCUCAGAAAAAAACUCUAAAGAGUCAAAAGAACUAGACACUUGUACUGGAGCUUUUACUGUUGCUGCUCCAGAGAGUGGUAUGCAUUCAGAAGAGACACUGUACAUGAGUCUGUUACCAGAGGAAAGCCUUCAAAGUCGAGUGCAAAGCUCAGAACCAGAAACUGGUGAAGCUACGCAUGUCAAUAUUGUCAUCCCUACAUCCAAUCCCAGUAAUCUCCCCAAAGAUCAAAACAGGAUAAACCAGCCUUUUACCAGCGUUCAGACAGCACAGUGUCAGGCAAUGGUACCUCUCAUUAAUGUGAAUUCUGAGCCUUUACUUCAGGCAAAUGACAAUUAUCACCUCAACUCAGCCUCUCCCAAAAAGGAAGACACUGAGACUUGUGCCCAAGUUGAUGACCCCACAUCACCAAAAUAUCUUACUCCACCCUCAGACACUAAGUCAGUCACUAAGGCAACAAUUUCUGCUUCUCAAAAAUUGAAACCACUGUCUGCAGACCAUACUAUUGAUUCACAAGUGGUAGAGACCGAUUCUUCGUGCUCUGAAAAUGUUAUAUCACCUCAAAUUCACAACUACCCCGCGUCCACUCUGCAGACUCAGGAACUUCUUGUGGCAAGUCCACAGACUAAAGAACCUCCAGAACUAUUAUCAUGCGUAUUAGAACCACUUGUCUCUUUACCAGAGGUUCAAAGCCUCACUGUAUCAGCACCACAUUUUUCAAAGUCACUAGAACCUUCCAUAUCCUCAACAGUAACAGAGACUCCUAGAAUCUCAGAACCUCUUUUAGAACCAUCAGUUAUAUCUCUGCAUGUCAUAGAGCCCUCUAAAGUAUUCUUUGAAGUUCUAGAAUCCUCUAAUGUACUUUCACAGGUUUUGAAACCCUCAGCAGUAUCAAUGUCACAUACAUUAGAAACGUCUAUGUCCUCAGUAAGUGAAGCGGUGCUGUCCAAGAUAUCAGAUCCAUCAGCUUCAGACAUUAACAAGCCCAUACUCCCUUCCAAAGAGCUGCCUUGUAUUACAGUGAUGGCUGAGAGCAUGUAUGGUGACUUUGAGCAGGCUAUGGAUCAUCUACGUUACCGGCUAAUAGCAACACGCAACCCUGAAGAGAUCAGGGGUGGAGGCCUGCUCAAAUACAGUAAUCUUCUUGUCCGGGACUUUAAACCUGCCUGUGAAACUGAAAUUAAGACACUUGAGCGCUACAUGUGUUCACGUUUUUUUAUUGACUUCCCUGAUGUGAACGAGCAGCAGCGCAAGAUUGAAUCAUAUCUGCGCAACCAUUUUAUUGGAGAAGAGAAAAGCAAAUAUGAUUACUUGAUGACACUUCGGAGAGUUGUCAAUGAGAGCACUGUGUGCUUGAUGGGGCAUGAGCGCCGUCAGACUCUCAAUAUGAUUACCAUUCUAGCUCUCAAAGUCCUGGGUGAGCAGAAUAUCAUUCCUAAUGCCAAUAAUGUUACCUGCUACUACCAGCCUGCACCAUACAUGACAGAACACAACUUCAGUAACUAUUACAUUUCAAAUGGCCAGUCCCCACUUAUAUACCACCCCUACCCACUACACAUACACAUGCAGACUGGACUAGUUUAGGCUUAGGUACGUAACAUAGUAAGACACACAGGGAAAUCCUUGAGUCAUGCAACCUAAAAUUUCCACUACAAACGAUCUACCCUUGAACUUGGGUCCCAACACUUAACUGAACAAAACUGUUUGAGUACCUAAGUGUUGGACAACGGAAUGUCUCAAUUAAGAACUGAUGAUGGUAUUGACUAUCAGUGAGAAUUAUACAUAAAAACAUUGGAGCCAUUGCACUAGCAAUAUGAAGGUUAAAACAUGUCACAUGCAUUUAAUUGAAUAUGACAAUGACAAGAUAAAUGGUUUAAAAACAGGAAGACAGAAAAGACGGCAAUAUAUAGUGACUAUAAAAAUUAGAAGAAAAAAAAACUUGACUGCUCUUCUCUUAUCAGAGGUAGCUGAAAAGUCUUGUUUUAACACAGAAACAAACAAAAAACACUGUAAAAGACCAAUGCGUUUGAUAGAAAACUAUUUUCAAUAAUUUAAUGCUUUAUUGGCAUGACAAAAAGUGCAAGAGAAAUAAUCAGCAUGCAGUCAAUGAUUUAUUACAUCGUAAAGUACUUUUGUUGUCUGAAACAAUUAAACUAAUUGAUCCUGCUAAGUUCAGUGUUUCAUUCUUUUUUUUUUUCUGAUUUCUUUUUAUAUUAAGUAUUUUAUAUGUUGUGAUAUUUCUUAUUACAUCUACUGGAUGUCUGCUUUUUCAUUUAUCAUAUAUACUUAUUAGUAGAUUAUGAAUGAUGUAUUCCAGGGGUGUCCAGUCCUGCUCCCGGGGGCCACUUUCCUGCAGCGUUUAGCUCCAACACACCUGCUUGAAAGCUUCCAGUGAUCCUAAAGUCCUUGAUUAAAGUUUCAGUUGUGUUUAAUUAGACUAGAGCUAAACUCUCCUGGAAGGUGGCCCUCCAGGAGUAAGAUUGGAAACUCCUAUGUAUUCAAUAUUUCACCAGGAUUGUAUGUCUUCAGAAUUUAAAAAAGUGCUCCAUUCCUUCUCAUUACUCUGCAUUACUAUGACUAAAUAAGAGAUUUUUCAGGAAAAAAGUUUCUCUGCCCAAUGUCUGCAUUUCAUCUUUUCUAAUGUUUGCAGUGCAGUGAUCUUCACAAUUUUUGUUUGUUUGUUUGACCAAAAUAUAAAAUAUGAUUUGGAAUGAACUGAAUUGAUGGGGGAAAAAAAAAAAAAAACUCAAAUUUAAGAGCGUGAGAUGCAAAUGUUACUUCCAAACUUUGACAAGUACAAAAAAGAAAACAAAUCAACCAACCAAAAAAAAAAAAAAAAAAGUUUGCUGGUGUCUUUUGUGUAUCUAUGGCACACAAUGUUGAUUUUACAUGGGAGUAACAAGCAGUUUUCUUCAGUUUUCUUUCCUAUAUAAUGUAAAUGUAGCCUCAAAAGAAUCCAUGCGAGGACAUUAAAUGAUGUUAUGUAAUAUUUCUUUGUAUUUAACAGAACCAUCAGUGGUGCUUAAGACUUAAAUACAUUUCCACUCUUUUUUACAUCUUUGUGACAAAAAUGGAUAUAUUUUUCCAAGAAUUUAUGUGUAGUACUGUAUUAGAGCAUACAUGAAAGAUUGCACCAGCCAUACACACAGUAUACACAAUUACAGAAAAACAGAAACAAAAACUAUAAAGUCAGGACCAAAAGUAUAAAAGUGUAUAUUGUGGGGCAUCAGUAUGACAUGAAAACUGCUGAACUAUUGUCUUCAGAUGAGUGAUUAUUAUAGCAAAAUUUAUUAAAGAGAUUUGCCUAAGUAAUUCAUUUUUCAGAAGCAAGAGAAAAUAUAAACAACUUGUAUGACAUGUUGGCUUUACUGAAAUUGUAUAAAGAAAUGUUAUUUUUUAGGUUAAAUUGAAAAUAUAGUAAAAAGUGUUAGCAAACAUUUGACCUUGACCUUAUAAUGCAGAAGUUACAGAGAUCUCAUCAUUGGUAUAGCUAUUCAAACUUGUGGAGUUACUUUUUCCUGUGCAGACCUACAGUUUUGUAAAGUAUUGGCUUAACUGUAUGAUAAUUUCUAGUCUAGCAUUCUGUUUUACCUUUAUGUAAUUGUCUACCUAUGAAAUGCAGCCAAAACCAGUAGUAACACUGUGGUUAGAAAUAGAUUUAGAUUGAAAUUGUUUACCAAGAUGAUGUACACCUAUCAUGAAGUCCUUAAAACCGUUUAUAUGACCAAAAUUAUUUUUGCAGAAAAACAUUAGUGCCUAAAUGUGCAGGAGCUGUAAAGCAGGUGACAGAAAGGACAACACUCCUGUAAAUGCAGCCGUCACUUUUUUAUUAUUAUUAUUUUCAGGUGUACAUUUUCUCCUUUUCUCAUGCUAUUUGUGUUGAUGUCAGAUGUAGUUCUUUGCUGUGGCUAGUUUUUGUUCAUGUAAUAAAAAGAAUCCAAAAAUUAUAGAUCCACUUCAUCA